AUUUUUUAAGUGUCAGUCUAAGUUUAGUGAGCUCAGGUAUCCAAUCUGUAGCAUCAUUAUUUGUUCAGUACUGGCUGAAGGAAUUCAUACAGACACACUUUUAGAAGGUAGGAGAUAAAAGAAGGCUGUACACUUUUAGCAACUACAUUUUUCUCAUCCUGCUUGCUCCUUUUCCCUUUCAGAACCAUGACUUUCAAUGGUACUUGGGUUGCAGAUAAGGACGAAAACUACAAGAAAUUUUUGGAUAAGAUGGAAGUUCCUUUCCUUAAAAAGGAAGCUGCACAGUUUGACAACUUAAAACUUACAAUUCGUCAAGAUGGAGAAAAAGUAAUUGUAUUGGAAGACAGUAGAUUCCGGACUGUCGAAGUAAAUUUCACCAUGGGAAUACCUUUCGAUUACACUUUAGCAGAUGGAACAGAGGUUGCGGGUACAUGGAAUCAAGAAGGAGACACGCUUAUUGGCAAGUUUACAAGAAAAGACAAUGGAAAAGUCCUGGAGACAACAAGAAAAAUUAUUAAUGGCCAGUUAGUACAGCCAUCACAGACCGAGAACUGAAUGUACGAACCUAUGCUGCUAGAUUGGCACAAAUGUGAAAUGCAUGUGAGUUAUUGCUAUGAAGGCAUUGAAGCAAAGAGAUAUUUCAACAAAAAGGAUUGAAAUUAAACAUCUUCUGUUCAGCUGCACCAAUUUAAGAUUUCAAUAAAAGCAACAAGAUAGUCAUAUAAUUUACAUGCUUUAAAUCAGCAAUAUUUUCUUUCUGAUCCUAUAAAUAAUCAUAUCCCUCAGCAGAGACCAGGACAUAUGGCUAUUUAUGUGGAAAUUUGUCAGCUGACAACUUAUUUUUCAUGACUGAGUGUGAAGCACAAUAAAUAUAUUGUUUUACAAUGAUGGCUUGCAUGUUUUUGCCUUUUUUAUGAUUACAUUGUAAUGCACAAUAAAUAUGGUCCUUUACAAA